AAGAUUUAAGCAUACAUAGGGACAGAGAAAGCGACUUUGUUUUAUACUAUUUAGUGAUACUGCUAUGCCUAACCUAAUUAACGAGUUAUUAUUUAUUUACUUAGCACUCCAUAUACAAAUGUAUACAGGCGGAGUUAAUGCUAUAGACAUUCUCUACCAGUCAGUGGUUCCAUUCUCUACCAGGUGAAGGUUCCAUAUAGCCCGAUUCCCGUCGGCUUCCCUUUCAUAAUUAUGUAAAAUCGAAUUAUCAUUAGCACAAUUUGCACACCACAUUCAUGCGUAUUAGUAUGUAAGUUUAUGACAUGUCGGGUUCUAUUUCGAAAAAUUUCAUCCUUUGCCACUACUACCAGUCAACCUUAGGGUGGUGCAGAUGUAAUCAUGGCAGGUGCAUGACAGUAAAGUAUUACUUUUGGAAUAACUAGUCGAAUCACUCAUCGUGUGGACAUUGACCGAGCCUUAAAUGACAAUUAGACAGUCGCUUCGAACAAUAUCUACGUCAUACAUUGUGUAUACUGAUGUAAUUGCUUACCUCACGGGUAUGACACAAUAAAUGUUACAAACAUGAAGGAAAAUACUAUAAAAUACUGAAAGCAAUCCUUUAGUCCCAUACAUCAUUUUGAAUUCGUACGUAGUGGAGUGAACAUUUUUGAGGAGGGUAGAAGAAAUCGCCAUCAUGAGUCAACUAAAUUUCGCCCUUAUUGCUACUCUCCUAGCAGCAUUCUCCUGCAAAGCGCAUCCCACCAUAGAAUCAGAAAUGCCAGCCGAAUGCAGUGGGCAAUACAUGUGCCAUGUCAAAAGCCAGUAUUAUCCAGAGGAAGCAAUCGAAGAACUACUAAAAAACUUCGAUGUUUUAUACGAGGAAGAGACCACCGUCAAGGAGCGAGACGGCGAGGACUACGAAUUUAACGAACCGUGCGAUGCUGACCGCAAUAUGUUCCCAAUUUACGAAAUUAUCGACGAAAAUGAUGACUUACGAUAUGUGGUGCAGUCGGAGAGCAAGUUUAAACAAAUCAUUAGAACCGAAGUAUGCAAGCACACAAAACCGUCACGACGUUACAUACCAAAUGUAAGUGAGGAACACAAUCUAACAUGUGAACACAAAUAUAUCGACUACAUGUUUCUUGUACUAAGUCCGAAUCAGACGUAUUUUGAAACGGCUAGGAUGAAGGGCGGAGUGCCCGUCUGCUGUUCGUGCCAGAUGGGAAAUUGAUCUCAGGAAAUAGUAGUACAAAGGAUUGGGCACGGAAGCUCAACUACCAUCAUAAAAGACCUAAUCCUCGUCGGGCAAACAGCUAGGUAUAUCCACGCACCUGAUGCGUAACGAAAAGUGCCUUUAUUUUAGAGCCAAAAUGUACAAAAUUGUAAUAUACUCAUCAACAAUCUCUAGAAACGUAAACAAAUACUACCCACUCUUUAUACACCUAUGUCGCAGUUAUAUUGGCAAAGCCUUGAUACCACAAUUUCACCAGUCAUUAAAUCACUAAAACCAAGCCGUUAAAUUGUAAGAAAUGAAAUCGAUUGACAAUCUAACGUUUCAUUGUAAUGUGACUAGUGAAAUUUCUUUGACAAUAUGCGACAUAUAUAAUUAGAUUUUUUUUGCCAUUUUAUCUAAUCAUAACACCAUCGAUGAAUUGGUUCAGUUUCAUCAAAAGUAUUUUUUAUACAAUUUUUGAACAGCAACCGUUCGGUUUUCAAAUGUCUGUAGAACGUUAACGUUUAACGAACUUUUAAUUCGUGUAUAAAGAGUUACUGUUAGUGGGCACAAGUGACUUGUUAGUUUUCCUUUUACUAUAAUAGUAUAACUAUUACUACUAUAAAAAUCGAUAUAAUAUAUGUACUACGUACUAGAUUUUGCGUUCCGAACAUUCACUGUGUUCAACUGAAUUGAACUGCAGUCCAUUCAAACUGACAUUUAGUAUGGUUAAUAUUGGCAAACUGUGAUUGUGUACGGAGUGACGCUCAUGAUAUAAGAACUCGAGUCUAAGUGUAAACCCUGGAUUUGAAUAAAAAAUAUUAGUCUAAGAAAUAAAAAUAUUUGUUAUCCAAGUAAAUAAAUAGGUUAUAACAGUGACGGUUGCCAUUUCAGUUCAGAUUUUGAACAAAUAGUUUAUAUGGACGUUCGUGUCUAUAGAAUAUACGUCAAUGUUAAAAAUACUCGCCGAUCAACUCUCGAUCAAUCGUGUUUCUGAACGCCACUCCAUCUGUCAUUUCACAUUGCCGCUGUCGUACCUACUUAUAAAAAUAUAUUGUUCACAUUUCUGGGACUAACUAAUAAAUAUAAGUGCCAUAUUUUUUGUCUAUACCAUAGAUAUAAAUUAAGUUUACCUCAAUCUAUAUGUGUGAUAAAAACUCCAUAAUUGUUACGCUUCAACAAUUUAUUUUAACGUAUGGAAAUAUAUUAUUCAAUUAAAUUUACUAUUUAUUA